AAGGCGCCAAUUUUGUUUGACUGUUGGAGUCGAAAGAGUUUCGGGGUGUUUUGCUUUUUGGGUUCGACGGUUCAGACAUGGCUGAAAACACGUUCCCCGUCUACACGGCGGAUGCGAUAGUGAAUUUUUACAGAACAGAGGUUCUCACCGGUCAAGAAGCGAAACACUUCACGAAGGCCGACCUGACUCCUGCUCCGAAGCCAGAGGCAGUUCAAACACUGUACAUGAGAGUGCUGCAUCUCCUGUAUCGUUUCAGACCCGAGUGUCACUCCAUGGUUCCACUUCUGGAGAACAUUCAGUAUCCAGUUAAUCAUGAGGGAGCAACUGCUAUCAUGAGCGUCUACAUGCGCAUGCGGCAGUUUCUGCCCAUGUGCCUGGUGUAUGAUUUUUCUUUGAAUGACCUUCUAGCCCCAAAGAAACAGAAGACUCUGACCGUUCUUAGUGCAAUCAUGAACUUCCUUCACUUCAGGAAGCAGAGGAUGGACUUGGUCUUGGAGAAGCAGGCCAAAUUUAGGGCAGACAUGGACAGACUGCAGACUUACAUCAGAAGCAAUCGAGAAGCAGAGAAAAAGAUUGAGAUGCUGACCACCAUCCCACCGGAGCAGCAGGCCGAAGCAGACGAGUUGGCGGCCGCUGUGUCUGAACUUCAGGCCACCACCAUGCAUGAAUGCCAGGAAGUGAAUGUAAAAAACGACUGCAUCGCUGAGUGGAAAACCAAAAUCGCAGAGAAAUCUCAGAAACUGGCCCAUAUGAAAGUGGACGUCAGCAACCUGAAAGAAGACAUCGGCAAACUCAAGUCUCAGAUCGUGGAGUCUCCUGAGGAGCUGAGGACUCAGAUGGAGAGGAUGAGGGAGAAUGUCAAGAACAUCAAGAACUCCAUCACGGAAACGGAUGAGCGAGUGGUGGAGCUGCAGAACAUGGUGCAGACUGUGACUCACACUGAGGCUGAGAUCCAGCAGAUGUACAACCUGCUGCAGGACCUGGAGAGCAGCAUGAACAACGCCAAGCAGAGGCAGGAGAUGUACCAGGAGCUGACUGCUCAGUAUGAGAAGAAGCAAAAGGAGAUAAAGAACCUGUGUGCGGAAGAGGCCCAGCUGAAGAGAGCUCAGGGCAUGAAGCUGGACAAAGAGUCCAAGCAGAACAUCCGGAGACAGAUGAAGAAAGAGAUGAAGGAGAAUCACGUUCAAGACAUUCUGGGGCAAUGUAACCAAAUCCAUCAGAAGCGCGAGGAUAUGGCCGAUAAAAUCCAUGAGAUCAGCAGAGAGACACUACAGCUGAAGACCAAGAUCCAGAGUCUGAGAGACGUGUGCAGCAAAGAGACGGAGAAAGCUCAGGCUCUGUAUGACGCCUUGUCAGCGUCAAUGGAUAAUUUACACAAAAGAAUCGAGACGCAGGUCGUGGACCUGAAACAAGAUUUCAUCAAGAUUUCUACAAACUUUUAGAUGAUUCAUUUUUCAUUUUCAUUAUUUCUAUUACUGUGUUACUUCUUCUAUGUCAUGUUUUUACUAUGCCCACAUUGUGUUGCCUUUUUGACUAUUACUAUUUAAAAUAAUAGAGUUUUUUACUGAACAUAAUCCCGGUCAUCUUUUCUUUUUAUUAGCUAAUGAAUUCCAGAUAUAACCUAAAACGUCUUAUAUUGAAGAUUUGCAAGACACUUGACCUGUGUUGACGUUGUUGCACUAGUGUGGUCUUGGGUUUGUUCAUCUGAAGUGUUGUACAUAGUAUCACUCAUAACCAACUUUCUUUUAAGGUGAAACGAUAUAACAUUUCAAAUGUUUCACGUAAAAAACAAAAGAAUAAAAACCCCAAAUCCAAA